AUGGAUGCAGACCGUUCCGAAGUAUCAGAAGGGGAUCGGUUGGAUCGCCAUGUGGAUUGGGACCGAUUGCUCCGCCACUUCUCCGACGCCGCCACGCGUGGCGCCGAAGAUCAGCAAUUGAGAGCCUCCAGAGAAUUACGGCGGCUCUGCAAGUACGCACCGGAGCGUGUGCUGAGGGAAACAAUCGCUGUUCUCGUCGGCUUGCUUGGGAGCCCCAAUUCGGCGGUGCAGGAAGCCGCUGCACGUUCCUUAUCCUGUGUUGCCCGGUGGGGCGGUGGGUCCUUGUGCCCCGUGGUAGGCCAGUCGGGGGCCAUCGCUGCGCUCUUACGGCUGCUGCCGCAAGCCACGGGCGGGCGUGAGAGAAGAUUGGCCGAGUGUCUGAGGACUCUCGUUGCCUUCGACAACGGCAAUCGGGUGAUCCUCGCCAGGAAUGGCGGUUUGGAAGGAAUCUUGCAUCUGAUUCCCCUGUGUGCAGACGAGACAAGGGGAUGCCUGUUGGAGGUCCUCAGCGCGGUGGCAAUGCUGUGGGAAGUGAGGCGAGCAAUUGUACAUACUGGCGGUCUUCCCUUGCUCAUCGAAGCUGUCUCCUGCGGGCCAAUGACCUCUCGAAGGCGAGCUGCCCAUGCCAUCGGGUUGAUGGCGACUGCAAGCAGAGUCCAUCAUAUGCUUGUUGACUGGCGAGUCGUACCAGCACUCUUGGACUUGUUACGGGAGGGUGAUCCACAGGCAAAGCUAACAGCGGCCAAUUCUCUCGGCAUAAUCUCAUCUCAUGUGGACUACCUACGGCUGGUGGCUCAGGCUGGGGCCAUUCCACUGUAUGCUGAGCUACUGGAAGGGCAAGACGCUCUGGGGAAAGAAAUCGCGGAGGAUGUUUUCUGUAUCUUGGCUGUUGUGGAGGAGAAUGCCGUGCUGAUUUGUGCUCAGCUGGUGAAAAUCCUCCGAGGAGAUGACGAGGAUGCAAAAGCUGCAGCUGCAGACGUCCUGUGGGGUCUUUCAGGUCACAACCAUUCUUUCUCUGUUAUCGGAGAAUCGGGUGCCAUUCCGCUGCUGUUGAGCCUCUUGCAGGAGGGGGGAGACGAUGCUAGAGAAAAGGCCUUGGGAGCCAUAGUACAGAUGAGCUAUGACGAGGCCGACAGGAGGGUCCUGGCAGACGAAGGUGCCAUCCCAGUCCUCAUUGGUUUGCUGAGGAGUGAAUCAGAAGAACUGGAGGAUAACGCUAUAGAAGCCCUGGUAAAUUUCUCUGAGGACCCCUUCUUGUGCGACAGAGUUUCUGAAGUGUCGGAUCAUCCGCUCUUCCUAGCAGUUCGAGUUAGGCUUGCCAUCAUCCGCAGUUCAGAUGAACAUCUGAUCAGAUCUUUGCAGCAGCUAUCCGUUGACCACUUUACAUCUCAUCCAGAGCUAAUGUAA